AGUGACGAAAUUUGAUACUCGUUGCCGAUGAGGUAGACAUCAAAAAGGUGGUCAAGCUCAUUACCAGCAGUAAUGUCCGUUGGUUUGCUUGUGAGGGUCAUGCCGUAGAUAUGCUGAAGCAUAGCAUGGACGGUGGUGCCUGAGUAGCCCUCAACUUGAUAGGUAUCUUGAGUUGCAACCGGCAGCUGGCUGUUGAAUGCUGUGUGAAAGACUCCGGAUACACCCUUCAAGAUGAUUUUAUGAGCGUAAAUCUUGUCGUCGCCGAAGCAAAGGACAAUGUCGGAUAGUUUCUGGUCAUUGUAGCUGUCGUGAAGAUGUGGAUAGCGAGCAAGAACGCCACCAGUUGUUGGCAAGGUCAUUUCUGCUGAGUAAUGAUGGCUGGCUGUAGUAUCGAAGAAAUGAAGAAAGGCAGGAAAAGAGAGGGCUAUAAGACGAGAAAAGGAACUGAAAGACUGUGUAUCGGCAAGAAGCCCCGCACUGCUCUUUCCCAAACAGUGAUUGCAAACGCAAACGUGCGCACAUUGUGCGUAGCUUCGCUGUAUGGGCCUUGGCAACCAGAACCUCACCGACUCCGUGACUGGUGUCAAAUAAUGAAAAUGACUGUAACUACCCUCUCGAGCGUGAGAUCAAUUCCGCGAGGAAUUCAUCCAUACCUUGCAGAAGAUCCGUUAUCUGCAGACAGUCCUCCAGCCAUUCAUAGCCUGGACCUAUAUCGAGCAGAGCGUCAAGAACGCCAUGCAUCAGCGACUUAUCCGCAAUGUUGUUGUCGUGAUAUAGCUCGGCUACCUCACGAACAACCAUGGAUAUAUUACGGCUGCUCGAGGUAUCUAGGUAUCUGCAGCCUCUUCCCUCGCGACCAUAGUGAACAUAACAGUCCACACGGAAGUCCUGAAGCAUUUCGCCAAAAUUUCCAGCGACCAAUGCACUCAAGGUCGCGACCUCGUAUUCGUUGGCAAGAAGGAACAUGUCUUGAAGAUAGUAGAUGCGAGCUUUUUCUUCAGGAAGCGGCGGCAAGAUGGUCCAUUCGGGAAAGCCGUAAAUGUGUUUGAUCAUGUCGAGGACGAGAUCAGAGUCAUGGCCCUCAAUCUCGUAGACACCCUCUGUGGUGGUUGGCAGUUUGCUUGUGAAUGCUGCUAGGAACACUUUCGAAUAUCCAAUGAGAAUAGCUUUGUGUGCCUUGAUCAGGUGGUCGCCGAAGCUAAGAGUGACAUCGGAGAGGAAGGGAUUAUCGUAGAGAUGUUGGAAGUUUGGAGACGCU